GAAGGAGGAGGGCGAGGGAGGGCUGGCCGGGCGAAAGGGGCAGGUGUAGGCUUGUUCCGCUGAAAGGCAUUUCAGCGGUUCUGCAUUUCUUUUUUUUUUCUCACCGCAUUCCUGCUGAGGAGGCAACUCUGCGAAGAUGAAAUAUAUCAUAGGCAUCGGAGGUGUCACCAACGGUGGCAAAACCACCCUGACCAACAGAGUCAUCAAGGCGCUCCCCAACUGCUGCGUGGUCCAUCAGGAUGACUUCUUCAAGCCACAAGAUCAAAUAGAAGUCGGGGAAGACGGCUUUAAACAAUGGGAUGUGUUGGACUCCUUGGAUAUGGAGGCAAUGGUGAGCACUGUACGUGCGUGGAUUGAGAACCCAGUGAAGUUUGCCCGUUCCCACGGGGUGAAUGUUAUGCCUGGCUCUAAAGAGCCAGCCUCCAAAGAUAUCCAUAUAUUGGUCAUUGAAGGCUUCCUGCUUUAUAAUUACAAACCACUGAUAGACCUGUUUGACAUACGCUACUACCUGGCAGUUCCAUAUGAUGAAUGCAAGAGGAGGAGAAGUACACGUAACUACACUGUGCCUGACCCACCGGGUCUCUUUGAUGGACACGUCUGGCCCAUGUACCUAAAACACAGGAAAGAAAUGGAGGACUGCGGUGUGGAUGUCGUUUAUUUAGAUGGACUGAAGUCUAGAGAUGAACUUUACAAUCAAGUCUUUGAAGAUAUUCACAACAAGCUUUUAAAUUGCUUAUAGGGUCUCGGAAGACCUGACAGACCCGUGUACAGAAUGAUGUAAAUAGUACUUAAAGUUGGAACGAGGGUUUAUUUGUGUAAACUCUUCUUGUACUGUCCUUUGGAAAGUAUCUUUUGUAUAUAAUUGAAAAAUGAAGAUAACUUAUUCACAACUCCAUGAUGGACAGGAUUGAUUUGUGUUUAUGGUUUGUUUUUUUGUUUUUUUCAUUUUCUUUAUUUUGUAUUCCACUGGCUUAAACUUGAGUUGAAAAUGCAUUUUUAUAAUGAAACAAGUAGACCUGCAUUGGGAAACCUGACUCUUCUUACAUGCUUCUGCAGAUAUUAAGUCUCAUGUAAUGGCUUGUUUGUAAUGUCAUCUCUUAAAUUCAGUAAAAAUCACUUUAAAAACUC